AAAAAAGAGAGGGACAGAAAGGGCAAAAGAGAAGUUCAAGCGUUAAACUUCCACCUCCCAGCUUCGAUUCUCUUCUCUCGAGAGAAAGAAAACGAGGGUAGCAGUGCCAUCUGCAACUUUGCCUCUCUCUCUCUGCUAAGCAAGUUUGUGGCAGAUUUGCAAACUCUAACAGCAUGGCGAGGUCAUUAUCUAACCUAGUCUUCAGGGGAAUUGCAGCUCUUCCAGCUGCUCGUUCGACUGCAAUUUAUGGAAUGCGGUUUUCAACUACUGUGCCUGAUGAUCUUGACACACAUGAGGAUUUCAAACCCACUAAUAAGCUCGACAGUUCUGAUCUUUCAUUGAAGGAAAUCGUUGAACAGGAUGUAAAGGAAAACCCGGUGAUGAUUUACAUGAAAGGGGUGCCUGAGCUUCCUCGGUGUGGAUUCAGUUCACUAGCUGUGAGAGUGUUGAAAGAAUACAAUGUUCCUUUGAGCGCCAGAAACAUAUUGGAAGAUUCCGAGCUCAAGAAUGCUGUAAAAGCCUUCAGCCUUUGGCCCACAUUUCCACAGAUAUUCAUCAAGGGGGAUUUUGUUGGAGGAUCGGAUAUUGUUCUUAACAUGCACCAGACGGGCGAGCUGAAGGAGAAGCUCAAAGGUAUUACAAAUAACCAGGAGAGGUCGGAAUAAGUCCUCAUUACUUGAUAGUGGAGUUCUCUUUUCUGCUCAAUUAUUAUUACAGUUGGGUGUUUUAAUUUAGCUUCUUCAGAGUUUAGGAUGAUAAGCAGCAGCCUGCAUAAGAUGUUUAACUUAUUUCAAUAAUUAUUGUAGCUUUUCGUGAUUAUUACAUAUGGAUCCUAUUUGUCAAAGUGGAAAUUCCCAAUGAGUCCUAAUUUUCCCAUAAAAAAACAUUGGAGACAAUUGAGUCCUAUUUCUUAGAUACAAUUUCAAUCAAGUUGUCAGUUUACUGCAUCUCUAAUUUUCC